UGUGUAAGUAGCGGCGACUGUGUCGUGGGACAAGCAAACACAGAUGACGUGGGCAGCGUACUGGUGCAAACCUGAAAGCCUCAGUCUUGGUGAGAGGAAGGUGCAAAGAGGGCGAUGAUGACCUAGAGAAGGUUGUGCAAAUUGACCGUGAUAUCCAUGUCUGUGACUCUAAUUACUGGCACCACUGCAGUCAAGACAAGAGGACGACAACAUAAAGAAUCCUACUUUACGCCUUCCUGAGAUAGACGAGCCAGUAUGAUAUCAUCAUUUUGCCAGCCAACUAGCAAACCUCGCGUCGAGGACAGUCAAGACACCAACACCAAACACCAAGACAGACUGCAUUUGCCAUGAAGCUCCAAAGCCUCACCCCGUCUUUCCUCGCCUGCACAUGCCUCGCAAAGCCCGUCCGCCGGGACGUCUGCCAGGCAAUCUACGCCCUGCGCAUCACAUCGUAUGCCUCGUUGCUCACCACCUUUUAUCCCUCCCCUCCCAUCCUGCCACCCACCAGACAGCUAAGACGAAACUCAACAGACCCGUUCCCUCCCUCAACGGCCUCUACAUCACUCGCUCGCCAAACAACAGCACCGUCCUCGGCGUAUUCCCCAACGUGAACGACAGCAAAAACAAGAAGAUCCUCUUCUACCCACUCCACAACCCCACUACCGGCCUCGCUGAAUUGCGCAUCCCGGCCUCAGGUGACACGCUCGCGGUGCUGGGGUCCAACGGCCUGCUGGACCUGGCCAGCCUUGCCGACCCGGCGGCGCUGAAACUGCCAGAGGGCGCGACGUGCAACUGGACUUCGUUCCGGCUUGAGCUCAACCAUGAACGGGACGGUGGUGCCGCGGAGACAGGAACGGUCGAGUACGCAAUUGAGGGAUCUGAAGGGAGGUGGGUCGUCUUCCCUGCGGCUGGUGCUGGUACUGGGGAGGGCUGGAGUGUUAAGUGGAAGGAUGUGAAUGCGUGGACGACGGCAAAUUACAUGCCGGUGCAGGUUGGGUACGAGCUCGUCAAGGAAGAGUAGUGCAAUUCCGAGCCGCGUUGGGGAGGUGAUGGGACUUAGGUAGCCGCUAAUGUCGUGCCAUCGGCAUGUGCAAAGUAGUCCAUUCAUAGUGUCUGAUGUGUCGUUAGCUUUGGCUUUCGGUUUCCUCAAAAUACUAAUCGGGC